GGCACCGGCAAAACACUUUAUCUCGCCUACUUGCAGCCAACCAUUCCAGCCCAUCCAAGAAUUUUGCUCGCCUUCUCGCUCUGGAGACAUGGUUACUGUGCAGCCACAUCUGUCACUUCUCCUUUUCUUUUAAGAAGGAUUGGGCACGAAGGCCUUCGCUUCCGAGUCCUGAACACUCUCCAGCGUGGGUGCAGCCAUGGCCGAACUCCGUGGCUUUUCCUUUACCACCGUCUUCUUCUUCUUCUUUGCUGUUGUGUUCGCUAUUGCUUCGGCAGCAGAAGAGCCGCAUGGGUUCCUCCAGAGCGAGAAGCUGGUGAAGAAGCCGGUGCGCGAGAAGCUGAGCCACCUGCGGUUCUACUGGCACGACGUGGUGAGCGGGCCGGACCCGACCGCCGUCCCCGUGGCCCGGGCAGCCGCCUCGUCCACGAACGCGUCGGCCAGCGGGUUCGGCACGGUGGUCGUGAUCGACGACCCGAUGACGGUGGGGCCGGAGAUGUCGUCACGGCUCGUCGGCCGGGCGCAGGGGUUCUACGCGCUCGCCGCCAAGGAGGAGACCGCCCUACUCAUGGCCAUGAACUUGGCCUUCGUGGAGGGGAAGUACAACGGGAGCACGAUCACCGUCCUGGGGCGGAACGCGGUGUUCUCCGAUGUGCGGGAGAUGCCGGUGGUGGGCGGGAGCGGGCUGUUCCGGCUGGCCCGCGGCUACGCCCAAGCCAGGACGUACAGCGUCGACCUCGGGACCCGCGACGCCGUGGUCGAGGACAAUGUCUUUGUCAUGCAUUACUAGUGGUUUGGUAUUAUUUCGUCAUCUUGCUUCACAUGUCGGACCUGUUCACGAGCUCUGUUGUCUUCUACAAUAGUCGCUGCAAACUCCGUGCAUAAGUCUUCUCUCUCGAUCAAUAUAUGUCUAAUGUAACGAUGAUUUUAUGUACGA